UCUUCUGAUGAUCCAAACGAUUCUGAAAUUAUUCCAGAAGAAGAAACGUUUGAAACAAGUGAAGAAGUUCCAGAGCACCUCACUCAAGAAGAAGCUGCAGACCUAGAUGCAGUUUAUGAUCGAAUUCUUGAAAUUCUUUCCACUGAACCGAAAGCCCAAAAGUACUUCGAUAGGCAAUGGAGGCAUCAUUUAGAUCGUUGGAAUAAGCGCUAUCGCAACGGAGGUGACGCGACUAAUAACGUCAGUGAGUCACAUUUCAAAGUUCUCAAGCAUUCUUAUUUCCCAGAGAGAAGGAAUAUUCGAUUAGACGAUUUUGUUGUUGAAUUAUACACAACGGUUGUUCCAGCAUUAUUGAUUAAAUUUAAAGUUCAAUUAAUCAAUAGUGAUAAAGUUGUUCGUAUAUUACGAAAAGGUAAUGACCAUGAACAAAUAUUGGAAAACAAAAAAGUCGAAUGUUUGAAAAUGCUUGAAGCAAUAUAUUCAAGUUUGCAACAAGGAUCAAUAGAUUCAAAUCUUGUUUAUUGUACUUUAAAGGUACUUUUAAAAAAGAAACAAUUAAUGUAA